AUGUCCAACGAAGGAGAAUCUGAUUUGGACACAACAAAAUCUCAAAAGAAAGUAGUGUUGAAGCCACAAGAAGGAAUAGGAAGAGGAAUAAGAAUAGUUAAUCACAAUGAUAACAAUAACAAUGAACUGAUUAGAAACAACAUCAAUCAGCAGCACCAUCAGCACGAUGAUCUAGAUAAUAAUAAUCAAAAGAAGGUAAUUGACGAUGUUGUUGUUAAUGAUGGUGAGUAUGGAAGAAUCCAGAGCCUUCCUUACAAGAAAAAUAGGCCGUACAUGUGUUCAAAGUGUAUGGCGAUAGGGACUCAAAAAUGGCAAUCCAAGAGCUUGAGCUUCCAAAUCAAAGGGAACGUGAAAUCAACUUCUAGAGAUGAGGAUGAAGUUUUAAGCCAGAUUCUUGGUUCUGGUAGAGAGGAAAAAGCUCCCAGCAGUCAAAAAUCAAUUUGCACUGCAUCAUCUUCAAGUUAUAAGCCUGAUAUACUGGGCAUUGAUGACAGCGACAUACAACAAUUUGUCUCAAAUGAUAAGCCUGAUAUUCUGGGCAUUGAUGUUGGAUCCACCACUCCUGAUGAGUUACGUCAGCAAGCUUUGGAGGAAAAAAGGAAGUACAAAAUUCUGAAAGGAGAUGGGAAAUCUGAGGAGGCCUUGAGAUCUUUUACGAGAGGAAAGGAACUUGAGGGGCAGGCUGAUUCUUUGGAAAUUCAUUUAAGGAAGAACCGUAAGAAGAUAACGAAGAUGUUAUCUUCUGGAAACUUGUCUGACAUGCAUAACAAAGGUAGUCCAAAAGAGGUUGGCAGUAAAACAAAGUCACUUCCUCAUCCGGGUAAAGAAAAGGAUGAUCUUAUGUCUGAACUUAGAGAGCUGGGUUGGUCUGAUAUGGAUCUACAUUGUGAAGAUAGAAAGCCAGCAAGCUUGAGUUUGGAGGGUGAAUUAUCAUCAAUCAUUGGAAAAGUUCGUCCGAAGACUGGUGAAGAAAAGGGCAGCAGAAUUGACAAGACUGAGGUUGUUGCUUUGAAAAGAAAGGAUCUUACAUUGAAGCGUGAGGGUAGGCUUGCAGAGGCCAAAGAGGAAUUAAAAGAGCUAAAAUUCUUGAAAAGAAGCUGGAAGAACAGGAACUCCUAGCUGAAGUUGAAGAUUCUGAUGAUGAACUAUCAGCACUUCCUGAUGAGCUAUCAGCUAUAUUCUGAUGAUGAACUAUAGCUGAUAGUUUUAGUAUGGUUGAACAAUAUACUAGGAAUUAUAGUUGAUGAUCAAUACACUUUGUUUAUGUUUUGAAUUAUAUUGACUUGCUUGUUUAUAGUACUUUUCUUUUAGUUUGACAAUACGAUAAAUUUCUUUAUCUUUUGAAAUAUUA